AUGGUUGAUAAUGCAGCUGGGGGUGCUAUGUUAGAAAGGACACCUGAUGAGGUUUAUGACAUCUUUGAGAUGUUAGGAGCCAAUUCUCAACAAAAGAGUGUGAGGACAAAAAGAGUAGAAGUAAAUGAAGUAGUAGCUAAUAGUGAGAUGGCCAUGCAAUUGGCUGAAUUGACUAAAAGAAAUAUGUAUGACCAAACAAAUUUGAUGGAUUCUUACCAACUCAUGCAUCAUGUGAAUGACCCUUAUUCCAACACAUAUAAUACAGGUUGGAGAAACCAUCCAAAUUUUUCUUGGAAAUAUAAUGACCAAAACCCACCACAAUUAUCGAGAAGUCAAAAUCAACCUCAUUACCAAGACCAAUAUUCUCAAUUCCAAAGGGACUCCAAUCCUUUCUUUCAAGAUCAAGAACAAACUCUUCAAUCUAAUGAACAAAUGAAGCCAAGUUUGGAAGAAACACUUCAAUCAUUUAUGAUGGCUUCUCAUGAUAGGAUGGAGAGGAAUGAGAAAAAGACAGGUUCCAUUGAGGCUUCACUAAAAUGUUUAGAAGCUCAAAUGGAGCAAAUUGUUGAAGAGCUCAAUAAAGAGGAACUAUCAAAUCAACCUGAACAAGCCAAUUCCAUUACUACUAUUAGAAUAGGUGAGAUUGUCGAUAAUAUUGUUAUGGAAACUGAAAGGAAUUUUUCUUCUUAUACAGGUACAUCUAAAAAUGAUGGAUUGGUGCAAAGCAAUGAGGAAAGCAUACAAAAGAAAGAAAAAGUAGAGCCUAAUCUUAGGCUGAAAAAGAAAGAAAAGGAAGCAUUUUCUAGACCUGAAUUUCAUAAGGCAGCUCAGCCUUAUGGACCCCUUAUUCCUUUUCUAAACCAACCCAAAGAGAGCAAAAAUGAUGAAUUUUUUUUUGAAAGUAUUGAGAUGCUCUCUAAAGUUAAUACUAACUUACCUUUGUUGGAUGUUAUCAGGAAUAAACCAGCUUACGCAAAAUUCUUUGAAGAGUUGAACACCAACAAAAGGCGAUAUGCGAACAACAAAAAAGUACAAGUAGCAAGUGUAAUGCUUCAACAUCAAUUGCCCCUUAAGAUGAAGGAUCUUGGUAGCUUCACCAUUAAUAUUACAAUAGGUGACAAAAAGGAUACAAAAAUCAUGUUAGAUUUGGGAGCAAGCAUCAACUUGAUGCCGUAUUCGAUGUAUGCACUACUUGGCUUGGGAGAGUUGAAGCCUACCACUAUGUCUCUUCAAUUUGCAGACAGAUCGAUAAAAUAUCCUAGAGGUAUAGUGGAAGACUUGCUAGUACAAGUAGGUAAGUUAAUAAUUCCAGUUGAUUUUGUAGUACUUGACAUGGAAAACACACCAGCAAGGGAUAGAGAGCAAACCAUACUCCUUGGUAGACUUUUCAUGGCAACUACUAGAACUGUGAUUGAUAUGCAUGAUGGAAAACUUACCAUGACAGUUUUAGGAGAAAUUGUGAAAUUUAAAGUGUUCGAUUUUCUAACUUUAUCUCCUAAAUCUACUAUUGAUAAGUGUUCAUAUAAUUAUUUAGAUUCUCUUGUUUAUGAAAACUUAUAUGAUGAUAUUCCAUUUUUAAUUGACAAGAGUUUUCGUGACACUUUAGAUGUUCGCAUUAAAAGUAUAAAGUCAUACUUAAAAGGAAUGGCUUAUGACGAAGAGGUGGAGUGUGAAAGAUUGGAUGCUUGA